UUCACGCUCAACGUUUGCUAUAGCGGGGGCGGAAUAGGUGGUCUCACGUUUGCGCUCGCUCUGGCUCGAUCGAAUGCGGAUGUUGAGCUGGACAUAUACGAAGGCGCGAGCCAACUCACCGCGACGGGCGCGGGAAUCAUUAUGUGGCGUCGAGUGUGGCAAGUGAUCGAGGCACUUGGCCUAUCGGACGAGCUGGGCAGCUUGCAGGCUCGUAAACCUAGCAGCGAUCCCCAAACCUCUUAUCGCCUCAGAAGAUGUGACCUGGAUGUCGGCGUCAAUUUUCAUGACUUAGUUACGCCAGGUGGACUCAUCCUGGUUCAUCGGGGCGACUUCCAGCACAUCCUCCUGCGGCAUCUGCCAGAGAAAUAUCGUAUACACGUUGGAAAACGUUUGCUCGGGUACACUGAGAGCGUCGAGGAAGUCGAACUACAAUUCGAAGACGGGUCGACGACAACAUGCGAUCUUCUCGUGGGCGCCGACGGGGUGAAAUCGGCUACACGAGCAUCCCUGACAGCAUCCGGGGGUCCUGUGUGGAGUGGCUGGUGCGCGUAUCGAGGUUUGAUCCCUGCCGACGUCUGCAAUGCAACUUUGUCGGACCAUCCCGCCCUGAACGGACCCAUGCUGUAUUGUGCCAAGAACAAGCACGUCAUCGCAUACCCAUUGCGAAACGCAUCGCAGACUCUUACUGCCCUUAACGUCGUGGGGCUCAUAUCUGAACCGGUCGAUAAAGACGCUGCCUACAGCGGACCAUGGGUGGCCGAGGUCGACAAGGAUCACAUGGAGAAGAACUUCGGCGAUCUGGAAGACGAGGUGCAGAGACUGUUCAAGUGCUUCGAUCGUCCAAUACGAUGGGCCAUUCAUGUGACCAAGCCACUUGACUCGUACAUCUCGGAUACCGGCCGAGUGGCCCUGAUAGGUGACGCGGCACACGCAAUGACACCAUUCCAAGGUUCGGGCGCUGGGCAAGCAAUAGAGGACGCCUACCUCCUCGCUCAGGUUCUGGUGCGAUCAGGAUUAAACGGCGCGGAUCUGAAGGCGGUCUUGAAGGCGUACGAUUCCCUGCGUCGGCCCGCAUCUCAAGAAGUAGUGCGAAGAUCUGAGCUGAACGGGUUGCUGUACGAGUUGAGAGCUCCCGGUUGGGUUGACAUUGCAGCGAGCGACACUGAACGAAUGCGAGAGCUCGGCGCUACCAUUGAACGCAACUGGGAGUGGGCUUGGACAACAAAGUUGGACGACGACAUCGACGCGGCGAUGGACUACGUAUUUGGCAGCAUUUCGCGUCAAAGCUAG